UCAUGUCCUUGACGUCUUCCUCAGCUCCAUCCGACUCUAUUGUUGAAUUGAUCCAAUCCCAAAAUUUGUCUGGAAGUGGAUCUGGAACUGGUGGAAAUACUGGAUCAACUACAAUGAACAGCGGAAAUUUUAUCCCAACCCCAUCCCUAACCGGAACCGGAGCCUCCCAAUCAUCUGGCUCAGCUUCUAGCGGGAAUUUUGUAUCACCCGAUGAAACCGACACAAAACCGUCCCCAUCCCUAAUGGACCACAAUGACCCGACCUCUUCGUUGAGCCAACAAUUGGCUCAGGGAGCAACAUUAACGAGCCCAUAUUCGACGACAACUGUGGACCCGAGUUCACUUUAUUUUCAGCUUUCACCAAUGUCAUAUAUACCAAACGUGAGCUCUGCAACAACAGUAGCCGCCGCAAAUAUGUCUGCAUAUUUUAACCAAAAAAGUGCCUACCCGACAUCUCACCUCGGGUUCCCGUCGAAUGUUGGAAGCCACAGCUUUUUACAGUCAAAUAUGUAUAUUCCAUCGAGUUUGUCGGAUUGUCCAACUGCUACUAUGGGGAGCAUGUCGUGGAAUGCUAACCAACCGGGAUUUUCUAGAAAACAACGUCGGGAACGGACCACAUUUACACGGAAUCAACUUGAAAUCCUGGAGAGUUACUUUGUAAAAACCCGCUAUCCGGAUAUUUUCAUGCGGGAAGACAUGGCCCACAAAAUUCAACUCCCCGAGAGCAGAGUUCAGGUUUGGUUCAAAAACCGGCGGGCAAAGGCCAGGCAGCAGAAGAAAACGCUGGCGCCCAGUAAUUCCGGAGUGACGUGUUCUGGAAAUAAUGGAUCAACCGGAGGUGGAUCUUCAAAUGGAUCUACUGGGAGUGAAGUUCAGCCGUCAUCCCCGGCCACCACCGACAGUGAGCUAAAAUUUUCGGAAGUUAUUAAAGAAGAAUGUGAUGAACAAUCAAUUAGUCCGUCAGCUGACGAUCAGAAAGGCGUAAACUCAUAUAUUAAUCCAAUUUCCUCGUCAUCUGGCACCACUUCCUACAAUGGAACUUCUUCUUUUAGGCCACAAGCCCAGUAUCCAUAUGCCAGCUACCCUGCGUACGACUUUCAGUACAGUCAAUCCAACACAAAUUCCACCAACACCUACACUUUGGACGGAAAUUCCACUUGGAAAUUUCAAAUGAGCUGAAAAAAAUCCGCGAAUCUGUAAAAAAACCCACUAAUUUUCACCUCUUUUUCACACAAAUCUCUCCGGUUUUUAGUACGAUGCUCCGAUAUUCCGGCGGAAUUUCGGAGCAUCGUACUGAUCACAAUUUUUCCUCUUUUUUCUACGCAAAAAUCAAUAAUUUACGCACAAAAACUUCAAACUUCCAUGAUUUUUUCCCACUUCUUUUUCAAUUUUUCUGACAUUUUUAGGUCCCAAAGUCCUUUUUUCCCCUGAAAAAUUUCAGUUUUUCACAUUUCUAAUAUAUCCUACGCAUUCCAAUAUUAUUGAUUUACAUAUACUUUUACUAUCAAGAUUUUUCAAUCAAUAAAUGUUCAAAUUUGAA